CCGAAAAGGAGUCUACAGGCAGGUGCAGGUCCAACGAACUGAACUGCCUUCCCUCUUCUUUCCCGUCAGGCGUCGGCACUUUGGGCUCUGCGCCGCGCUCUUCUUCCUCCCCCUUCCCUGGUUCUGAUUCCUCCCACCAAAUCCGCCCCCUUCCCUCACGCCUUGUUGUGUCUUGUCAUCGGCGGCCUCACCGCCGGCGACGGGAGGCAGCAAUCGGGUACCCCUUCCGCAGCAGCCGUCCCUCGUCGAGGUGCGGAGAUCCACCCGUCAGGUGCUCGAUUGGUUUCAUCGUUUGCUGGAGCAAAAUGGAUGAGGUUGUCCCUGCUUUGGCUACCGGCCAAGCUUCAACCGAUGUCUUGACGGAGAAGCCUUUGAAGGUGUACAUAUGGGACAUGGAUGAGACACUAAUUUUGCUCAAGUCACUUCUGGAUGGGUCUUAUGCUGGGGCCUUUGAUGGCCUCAAGGACCGUGAGAAAAGUGUUGAAAUUGGGAAACGCUGGGAGAACCUCAUUCUUGAACUCUGUGAUGAGCACUUCUUUUAUGAGGAGAUUGAGAACUACAAUGAACCCUAUCUCAAUGCUUUAAGUGAAUAUGAUGAUGGGAGAGACUUGACCUCAUAUGAUUUUGAGGCUGACUGUUUUAGUUCACCCUAUGAUGAUGUGAACAAAAAGAAACUUGCUUACAGGCAUCGUGCUAUAGGAGAGAAAUAUGCAAAGGUUUCACAACAAUUACUUUAUCUUGCAAUAUUUCCUUUAAAGGUUUUGCUUCAUAAGGGUCUGGAAAAAAUUCUGGACCAACACACGGUCAAAGUCUGGAAUGAUCUGUAUAGUUUGACUGAUAAUUAUACUGAUGGCUGGCUGUCUUCAGCUCAUAAGUUAUUGGAAGAAGCAUUGGGCAAAUCAGCAGCUACACCUGCUACCAACUCUUCAAGCAUUAACUGCAUAGUUACAUCAGGGUCGCUGAUUCCAAGCCUUGCCAAAUGUUUGCUGUAUCGCCUGGAUGAUGUGGUCUCGUCUGAGAAUGUUUACAGCUCAUGGGAAGUGGGGAAGCUGCAGUGCUUCAAAUGGAUCAAGGAGCGCUUUGACGGUCCAAAUGUACGCUUCUGUGCGAUCGGAGAUGGGCACGAAGAAUGCAGCGCCGCGCAGGUUAUGAAGUGGCCAUUCAUCAAGAUUGAGUUCCAACCCGACGCCCCUCACAGGUUCCCAGGCCUAGACAUGCCCACAGUCCAGACGUACAUGGAUGUGAUAUAUGAGUCAUCAAGCAAAGAUGGUUGACCAACAAUUCAAGUUGGUUGGGUUUUCUCCUCCGACCUCCAGUGCCCAUGGAGGUCUGGUCUGAGGAAAUUGUAAGCAAAGAGAUGUCGUGGGAAGAAACAUGUUGUCCUCCCUCGAUCUUUACCCUGGCGAAUUAGGAGGCCUGGUGCCAUAAAUAAGAGCCUGAUUAGUUCGUCCAUGUUCCAGAGGAUGUCAUAGAUUGUCUGUCUUGUGUUGCCAUUUUACUAUGAUUCAGGCAAUUGUUUGUUGUUGCGUCCUGGCGCACCCCCCCCCCCCUGUUCUGCAUUGUCAAUUUGCCAUUUAAAAUCUGUACAUAUGCGUCUUAGAUUGGUGGAUGUUACCGCUUCUUUAAACAUGAGGCGGUGCAUAUGCCUUAUUAUGAGAGAUUAGCAAGAAUCAUAGGUUGGCUAUUGUGUUGUGAUGUUCCUGUAGGACCUGUCCAUGUGUUAUUGGAAAUGCCAUGACAGUGCUUGAUCCA